ACUCUGCCCAAUCAGCUCUCCCUCUCAUCUCCCGGAAGAAACAAAAAUCCUACGCGGACCCAUCCAAGAACAGGCGUCUCCGUCGAGAGCAGUGUGUACGUACGGACCAACCAAGGCGAGGUGGACGGCGGCGCACGGGAAGGAUCGCGUUGGAGUCCUCCGAUCCGGCAAGCCGUGCCGGAAUCUGAUGGCGGGAGUAGGAGGGGAGCAGGCGCUGUCGGCGGACAACGUGAGGGGGAUAGUGCUGGCGCUCAUCUCCAGCGGCUUCAUCGGGGGCAGCUUCAUCAUCAAGAAGAAGGGCCUCCGCCGCGCCGCCGCCGCCUCCGGCAUCGGCGCAGGGGUUGGUGGGCACUCCUACCUCCUGGAGCCCCUAUGGUGGGUUGGCAUGAUCACCAUGAUUGUGGGAGAGAUUGCGAAUUUCGUGGCGUACGCCUUCGCCCCCGCUGUGCUGGUUACUCCUCUUGGAGCACUGAGCAUAAUUGUUAGUGCAGUGCUGGCCCAUUUCAUCCUGAAGGAGAGACUGCAGGCCCUCGGGGUUCUCGGCUGCGUGAUGUGCAUCACCGGGUCGAUGGUGAUCGUCAUCCAUGCGCCGCAGGAGCAAGAGAUUGCGUCGGUCAAGGAGAUAUGGAAAUUGGCGACCCAACCAUCUUUCUUGCUAUAUGUUGCUCUGGUUAUAGUGAUGGUCUCUGUGCUAAUGUUCCAUUUCUCCCCUCUCUGGGGGCAGUCGAACGUGUUGAUCUACACCGCCAUUUGCUCUUUAAUGGGUUCCCUUUCGGUUAUGAGUGUUAAAGCUCUUGGCACAUCCUUAAAACUGACUUUUGAAGGCACAAAUCAGUUAGUAUAUCCAGAGACAUGGUUCUUUGUGCUUGUUGUGUCUACUUGUGUGCUAACACAGAUGAAUUACCUGAACAAGGCACUUGAUACAUUUAACACGGCCAUUGUAUCACCAAUUUAUUACGUAAUGUUUACUACACUGACAAUUCUCGCAAGCAUCAUAAUGUUUAAGGACUGGUCUGGUCAAAGCCUUGGAAGCAUCACUUCCGAAAUAUGCGGCUUGAUCGUGGUAUUGUCUGGUACCAUUUUGUUGCAUGUGACAAAGGAUUAUGAAAGAAUCCCACAGUCAAAAAGUAUCUAUGCACCAUUGUCUCCUUCCUUGACGACAAGAUUAACCGGAGAAUUACUGGAUCACGUUGAGGAUGGGAAUCAUGGGAGGGCCUCUGACGAAGAGAAAGUCUUGAGACGGCAAGAGAUGUUUUAAGCUAACAUCAGAAGACCGAAGUGAUGGUGAAGUAGCUCAGUUGAACUGAACAGAUGCUGUUAACGACGGCAGCAUUGUCAUCAGAGCGAUGAUUGUCAGCUACUCCAUUCUGUUUGUACAUAGUUAGACGUCUGCAGCAAAUUGUUGCCUGCAAGGGAGAAAACCUGUGAAAUAGGUCUGGGUCUCUGGGAGGCAGCUGAGUUUUACCAGAUAGGAUUUACUCACAGAUUUCUUGUGAGUUCUUCGUAUAAAAGGAUGGUUUCUUGUGAA